AUGGCAACAGAGACUACUGAAGAAGAACGAGAUGACCUUUUGGAGAACGUUAUUAAAUGCGCAAUAUGUUUAGACUAUUAUGGUGAUCCUCGUCUGUUGCCUUGUUCGCAUACAUUUUGUUUGAAAUGUAUUAAACAAACAGCCAAGAAUAAUCAUGGUUCAUUUCCAUGCCCUUUUCGUGAUGGUACAACAAUCCAAAAUACUGAUAUUGAUACAUUACCAAGUAAUCGGGUUGUUCGCGACAUAGUCGAAAUAGUAUCGAAAAGUAAAGGUAAGACAACAUAA